CAUGAGGGUCAAUAAAAGAAUAAAAUCCCUGGUUAGCGAUGCGAGUACAAGGAACCUGAUCCCAGUGUAUGUUCAUAUGCUGCUCACAGUCAACAGAGGAGUGCCAGAUACUUGGCUUGCUUGCUGCUCCUCAGGAUGGUUUCUGGAAAAAUAAUUAAGCUGGUGGUUUUUGAGCUUCUGGAGUUUGCUGCCUUCUCCAUUCCUACCCUGGUGACAAUGGAACAGUUUGCUUCUUCCUAUCAGAAGACAAAGAUUACAUCUGACAGAACCCACUAUUGGCUGAUUGUUUCCUGUUCCAUUGCCUAUGUGGCUGCAGUGAGUCUCUUGAUCUGGGUUCCAAUAAAAGUUGUCUUAUACAAGAAACGGCAUCUUUACAAAAAAAUUAUAGGAUGGAGACCUGUGCUGCUGAUGUGUGUGGCGCUCACCACUCUCCCAAGUUUCAGCUUUUCUAUAGCGGUCACUGAGGUUCAAAAGAAUGGCAAUGGGACAUUACCUGACUCCUUACCAGACUUGCCAGUGUCUGUGGUUCUGUUGUCCCUGAUCGUGGUUGACAUUAUUGAGAAACUCAGGAUAUACCCUCUAAGAGGAAGUCAAAAGAGUUAUGAAGACAAUGAUGUGAAUAUAACCUCUUUGCAACAGAUAAAAACCGUGACAGAACAGGUGGUACAUGGUAACGGAAAUCCUACACCUGCCCAAGCAGCCAAGCCCACCCUGAUGUCCCAACCCUACCACCACACAGCAGCGCUGGUGGGACCCCAGGAACCCUGCUUUCAGUCUGGAAUCCUGAAGACCAUGUCUCACAGAGAUGUCCGGGCUGAUUUGUUCCUGCGAAGCUUCCUCAUAUGGGCAGACACUAUAGAAAUGCUGCGUGUGGCUGGGCACCACGCCGUGUACAAGUCAGGAUGGCUGUACCCGGUCUAUAUAUUCAGUUUCAUAUCUCUACUGCGGAUGAUCUUCACGCCUAAGAAUCCUCUUCUCAAUUCCCUGGGGGUCCUGCUGCAGGAUUUCCCCUUUAUUUUCCUUAGACUCAGUUUAAUCAUUGACCUGGGGACUAUCACACCAGUACUGGGCCUCUGUAAAAAUGUCCUAGUGACUGUCUCCUAUAUUUACUUCAACUAUGUAACCAAACUCAGGCCUUUUUCUGCCUUUGAAACCUCUCCAUUUUAA